AUGAAUGUCUGGGACAGUGAGGUCUCGGACAUGAAUGUCUGGGCCAGUGAGGUCUCGGACAUUCGUGUCUCGGACAGUGAGGUCUCGGACAUUGAUGUCUCGGAGAGUGAUGUCUUGGACAUUAGUGUCUCGGACAUCAAUGUCUCGGACAGGGGGGUCUCGGACAUUCAUAGCUUGGACAGUGAGGUCUUGGACAGUCAUGUCUCGGACGCUGAGGUCUCGGACAUUGCAAUGUCUCGGACCAGGGAGCUCUCGGACAUUCGUGUCUUGGGCAGUGAGGUCUCGGACAUUCAUGUCUUGGACAGUAAGGUCUCGGACAGGGAGGUCUCGGACAUUUUGAG